AUGCCACACUACAUCACUCUUGCAACAUGCUCUCUCAACCAAUGGGCAAUGGAUUUUGAGGGGAACAGAGAUAGAAUUGUCGAAUCUAUUGUAAUUGCAAAAGAGAGAGGAGCAUCAAUGCGGGUUGGUCCUGAAUUAGAGGUGCCAGGAUAUGGUUGUUUAGAUCAUUUCCUUGAAAAUGAUACAUAUCUGCAAUCAUGGGAAAUGUACUCAACAAUUUUGAGUAAUCCAGAUACGUACGGUAUUUUGCUAGAUAUCGGUAUGCCUGUUAUUCACAAGAAUCGCCGUUAUAAUUGCAGAAUAUUAUCUUACGAUGGUAAGAUUUUACUCAUUAGACCUAAGAUAUUUUUAGCAAACGAUGGAAACUAUAGAGAAAUGAGGUAUUUUACACCUUGGUUGAAAACACAAUAUGUGGAGGACUUUAACUUGCCCGUUUUGAUUAAGAAGGUGACUAAUCAGGAGGUUGUAAGAUUUGGAGAUUUGGUGAUCAGCACUCUAGAUACUGUUAUUGGUUGUGAAACGUGUGAGGAAAUGUUUACUCCACAAGCUCCGCAUGUCUCUUUAUCCUUAGACGGUGUUGAGAUCAUUACCAAUUCUUCAGGAUCCCACCAUGAGCUGAGAAAAUUGAACACCAGAGUCUCAUUAAUUAUGGAAGCUACGAGAAAGUGUGGUGGUGUCUACUUAUACUCAAAUCAAAAGGGAUGUGAUGGUGAUCGGUUAUAUUACGACGGUUGUGCUAUGAUCGUAUGUAAUGGUGAAAUUUUGGCCCAAGGAAAGCAAUUUUCUUUGGAUGAUGUUGAAGUUUUAACUGCAGUAAUUGACUUGGAAGAUGUUAGAGCAUAUCGGGCUUUAGCUUCUCAUGGAAUUCAGAGCAGACUAUCUCCUGUUUAUGAAAGAAAACAUCUUGAUGUUGAGCUUUCUCCAGAUUCAAUGAAUUUUGAUAUUACGGUUGAACCUACCGCUCCAAGACCAUGUUUUUAUCACCUGCCAGAGGAAGAAAUUGCCUUAGGACCAGCGUGCUGGUUAUGGGAUUAUUUGCGUCGCUGUAAAGGUGCUGGAUUUUUUCUGCCAUUAAGUGGAGGAAUUGAUAGUUGUGCCACUGCUGUGAUUGUCUAUUCGAUGUGCAGAUUGGUCAUUGAAGCAUGUGAUGCAGGAAAUGAACAAGUAAAAAAAGAUGUCAAGCUAGUUACUAGAGAUGAAAAUGAUGAUAACUUUCCAAAGACUCCACAAGAAUUAGCAAAUAAAAUAUUUCAUACCUGCUUCAUGGGUACCUCCAAUUCUUCAGAAGAAACAAAAGGUAGAGCCUUAGAAUUAAGUAAAAAGAUUGGUUCUUAUCAUGUUAAUCUAAACAUGGACACAGUAGUUAGUUCUAUCAUCUCAUUGUUUGAGGUUACUACAGGUAAGAAGCCUAUAUACAAGAUUUUUGGAGGGUCAAAUAUUGAAAACUUAGCAUUGCAAAACAUUCAGGCUAGGUUACGUAUGGUUUUAGCAUACCUGUUUGCACAACUCUUACCAUGGACUAGGGGCAAAAAAGAUGUUGGUGGAUUACUAGUCUUAGGUUCGGCUAAUGUCGAUGAGCAGCUUCGGGGGUAUUUAACCAAAUAUGAUUGCUCAUCUGCAGACAUCAAUCCAAUAGGUGGUAUUUCCAAGAAUGACUUGAAGAGAUUCAUUACAUGGUCUACUAAAAGUUUACAGUUACCUAUACUUAAGUCAUUCGUUGAUGCAACGCCAACCGCAGAAUUGGAGCCAGUCACAAAAGAGUAUGUGCAGUCGGAUGAAGCAGACAUGGGAUUUACAUAUGAUGAGCUAAGUGUGAUGGGCAGACUCCGUAAAGUGGAAAAAUGUGGACCGUACUCGAUGUUCAUCAAGUUGCUACAUAUAUGGAAAGAUAAGAAAACGCCAGAGGAGAUUGCAACAAAGGUGAACAGCUUUUUCUGGUACUAUAGUGUUAAUAGACACAAGCAAACGGUUAGCACUCCUUCUUAUCAUGCAGAGCAAUAUUCCCCAGAUGACAAUAGGUUUGAUUUGAGACCGUUUUUGAUUGAUCCACGCUUUUCUUGGGGCAGACAUAAGAUAUCAAGUGUUUUAGACAAAAUGAAAGCCAAUGAAAAGAUCGAUACGAUGACUGUAGAUUAA